UUAAACUGCGUCCUUAUUACUUGUCUCCACGUGAUAUUUUUUCAUCCAGUGCAUAAAAUUGAGGUCAAACCUCAGAUUUGAGGCUGGGUAUUGACUUGAGGGAAGUAGGUGACGGCGGGGCCUGAUCGCCAUGAUUGAUUCAACUAAAGAAGCCUUUAGCGACGAUGAGAUAAUGAUGAUGAAGAUAGAUAACUGAAAAGACAACACAUACUGAAAUGGACCUAAAAUUGAUGAUGGAACCAUCCGAUUUAUCCAAAGCUGGAUAUGAAUCUGUUUGUGCGACACGUGCUUGUACGGAUGUCAUAAAAUUGUCUCUUGUAAAUGUCCUAACUCAUUAUAUUAGUCCUAAUGAAUUGUACGUGAAAAUACAAUCGUGUUUAAUGCUUAUUACUGGAAAAGACAAACUUAGUCCAGAUCAAUGGCAACGUUGUUUUCCUGACCCACCUCUUUUGCCUGACUACAAAACAUUUGAUUUUCUUUUGCUGUUCAAACUCAUAAGACAUUUGUGCCCUUCACUGAGACCAACUCAAGGACGGGGAAUUAAACCGAACCACAAGUACACACGUAUUGAUGACUACAUAGAGAGUCUCAGAUUGCUGUAUUCUCAUUUGAUUGAUAAUUCAAACCGAAUGCACGAUGGAAAGUUUGAGGAAUCUAUUAAAAGUGUACGAGAUGAAGUUCGUAGAUUUCAAAAUCUCACAAAAUACAAGAGUAACUAUAAUUAUGAAGAAGAGUUGAACAAAACUAUACCAAAGAAAUUGGGAUAUAAAUAUCCGAAAAAGGAGGAACAACUUGGAAAUAUGCAAUUCACAUUAAAUUCUUCGGAAUUUUCUGAUAAAAAAGGACAUCCAAUUGUUUUGACAAGAUGCAUAACCAAUAAUAAAAAUCGUUCUGUUACACUGAUUGGGAAAGUUUCUCCAACUGGUGAAAAUUCCAAAGUACACACUGUUUAUUGGAGUAAAAAUGGAGAAAAGAUAGACAAUAAAGUCGGAGAAAGGAAAUACUCCAAAGUGACAGUUCAAAAUCCAUCACUCACCAUCAAUAACGUCAAUCAUCAAGAUGCCGGGUCUUACCGAUUCACCGCCAUUACCUCUGCUGGGUCACAGGAGAGUGAAAUUGUUUUCGGCGAACCAGAAAUUUACAUGGAAAGACAUGAAAAUCCUGAUGGCAGGCAGUGGUUUACUGCAAAGAUCAAAUCAAUACCAGAAGCAUAUCAUGUUCAAUGGAAGGUGAAAAGGAAUGUCCAUGAAGAUUUUUCACUCAUAGAUGUCAAUCAUUCAGCAUACAAAGGGACCUCAAACUCUCUCAACAGUCCUGUUUUGGUUGUCCAAGAAAAGGACCUACUGGAAAAUCAUUUUUUUCACAUCAAAGUAGAUAAUUUUAUUGGAAGCAGUAAAAAAGAGAUAUUCGACACACCAAUACAGUAUCUCUUUUAUCAACCAGACCAGGGUUUUAAUCAUUUCCAUUAUGUUUAUAAUCUGAUAAGGAAUUGUAAAUCACGUGUUGAAAAUAUACACCUUAGCAAGGAACAGAACGUCGUCAUCAAAAUAGGGAUUGUUGGAAUUUUUCAUGAAGACAACCUGCAUCUCAUAUCAGGAGGAACAUGGAAAGAAACGUUAUCAGAAGAUCAAAAAGUAUGGGAUGUUUCUCCAGUUCUUUGCUUUCAAAACGAUCUUCCUUUGAACUCAGUAUUGAAGAUUAUAAGAAAGGUAGAUGCACGACACAGAAUAAUAAUCAAAUCCGAUACCAUUUGCAAAGAAGCAGAAAAAACAGAGGAUUCUAUUGUCAUUGUUGGUAAAAACAAACAAAAAAUUAAAGAAAAUAUUACCAUAUGUUUGGAAGAACCGUUUCAUCAGAUUUUAAAGGAAUGGUUGGAAAUUUUCAGUAAUCAAGGUUUGACUAAACUUUCAUCUGAGAUUAUUGCAGAAAUAAGGGAAAUCCGUAAACAUUUGGAUUUCGAGAAAAGUAAACUCACGACCGGAAUUUCUUGCUUGCAAGGAGGUGGCAUUGAAUUCAUUGUUCCAUAUAAUGUUAAGGAUUUCCUGUUAAGAAUGCCCUUUGUUAACUCUUUUGGAAUAUGGGGAACGUCAUCUUUCAAAGUAUUUGUCCAGAAGGAGACUGAUAAAAAUGAAAUGGAGAAAGAACUUUUAAAUAUCGACAAAUUUUUUUUUGACCAAUUUAAUCUAGAAAUAGUAAACGGAAAAUUUGUGCAGAAAAAAACAUUAAAGCAGGGGGAUCAUUUACUGUCAUGUAAACGAAAUGAUUCUGGACUGUAUAACGCAGGUACACUUGGGGGAUUUGUUAGAAAAAAUGACAACAAGAGAAAAAUAUAUGCUUUGACAUGUAAUCAUAUAUUUCCCGAGGAAAAACAACUUGCAUAUGCCAAGGACUUUGAUGGGUUUAAAGAAAUGGGAACCUGCGUGUUUACUACAAGGGAAAAAGCCUGUGACUUUGCAGCUAUUGAAUUAAAGGAUUCUUUCUUAGAUGCAUGCGAUGUGACCGUUAGGAGAGAUGACGACAAGAAAGUCAAUGCAAAAGUAUAUAAAAAAAACUUACGUAAUGUUGGUUUAGUCCAUAAAAUUGGAGCUGCAACGAAUGUAACCAGUGGACGCAUCAUAAGUUGGGAAUAUUAUGAUAAAGAAAUGGAUAGUGACUGUCGAGAAAACAUCUUCUUAGUGAAAGGUUUAAACGGACCAUUUUCUAAAGAAGGAGAUAGUGGAUCGCUUGUUUUUAGCAGACCUAAUUCUGUCAUACAAAACUACGUUAAUGUGUUGGGAAUGGUCUACGCCCAAAACAUCACGAUAGAUUACGAUGAUGACGAUAAUGAGGAUCAACACGGUACAUCUGCUGCUUGUAAUAUCGCCGACAAUAUAUCUGUUUGUUACCGUAUACACACAGCGCUUGAACUAUUUAAAAAGAGUCAAGGUGAGGGAUUCGAUGUCAAAUUUCAAGACGAUUUGUCAGUAACAUUGUCUUCAUCAUUACAGUCGUUACGUUCUGAUGAUUCAAUCUAAAUUUUGAAGUGAUUUUAAGAUGACUUGUUUCUUCAUAACUUCUUGAUUCUAGAGCAUAUGUAACGAGCAAAUUGUUACAUGUAUGUGAUCUUUAUUGGUAACCUGUUUUCUUUUGUUAUUUAAAUAUAACAAUGUUUUUGCAUUCCUCACUGUCUCUGAACAUUAUACAUUGGUCCUGUAGGCUACAGUCUACACUUUACUGUUUCCGUCACAUUUUGACUAAUUUAAACAGAUAUCACACAUACCGAUACGAGGAGAAAUUUGGAACAGAGUAUAAUGACAAUAUUUGCCAAGACUCUAAACAUACUGUUACUUGUAUUUACCAGACGAAUUUUGUGAAACUACGGGAAUUAGUAUUUUUUUUUAAAUUCUAAUUUAAACACGUGUGCUUAAUGUAGCAUACAUAAAAUAAAAAUGAGAAUAAGAACCUCAAGCUCGAACAAUGUCAUGGACUACGUCUAUUCUUUAUUUAGCGAAAUUGGUUUUUUUUCACUUUAUAAAUUUUAUUUUGGUAUAUUUGUUUUUGAUGUUGGGAUAUUAAAAAAACGAACGAACAAUUUUUUCUAAACAUUGAGCGAAAUUUUUUAAAGAUCCUCUACACCCCCCCCCCCCCCUAAAAUAUGGAACAACCAUUUCAACAUGGUUCCAGUUUUAACCAAUGUAUUGUCUAGAGUCCGCCUCAAUGUUUUUGAAAAAUACUCAAAAGAUUUUUUUUGUCCGUUCUUUUUUUUAAUAUCUCUACAUUGAAAUAAAUAUACCAAAACAAAUUUUUAAAGUAAAAAAAAAAAAAAUUCGGAUUUUUACACCUGUCAUUCGACUCUCACAAAAACAACUGCUUCCUGCUUCCUAUUAAAUAAUGUAUUUGUAAGGGAAAACCUAGAAACAAUUCGUGGGCAAAAGAUUUACGUUUGCACACCUAAGAAAGAUCUGGUACAUGGAUUCAUUUAAAAAAACAUAUUAUCACAGAUUACAAAGCUCAUCGAUUCAAGGCAUCACCUUUAUGAGAACUCAUUGAUCAUACAUGUAACACAUAACGUAUAGGAUAAUCAUGGUAUCCUCUUAUAUCAAAAUAUUAGAUAUUGUAGCAUGGUUUGGCACAAUAUUCUAUAAUAUCAUCAAAUAUUGUAUUAUGGAGAUUAUGUAUUUGUUACUUGUAAAUGUCUUAUGCAUGAUUUUUUAGUAAUUGUUCAUUAUAUAAUCAGACAUUACUAUUUUUGUUUGACAUGUAUGUUUUUACAUUUUUUUUUUACCUUUAAAAAGUUUUACCAAAUUUUGAGUCAAGAUUUUUUUUCGCAACAUAAUGUGGUGUUUGUAUUCAUUUAUCAUUUACGAUUUGGGUAAUUAACUAUAUGCAGGGUAAAUCGAUAUCAUAUGCAAUGGCAUUCCGUGCAUGCACGGGUCAAAGUCUAGUACUAUAUAAUAUCAUAUCAUAUGAUAUUGUAUUCCAUGAAAUUGUACCUUAUGAUAUUGUAUCGUAUGAAUUGAUACUGUGUUUUAUCAUUCGAUAAAAUGUCAUGAAACAAUAUCAUAUAACCAGGCUUGGGGCGAAUUACAUUGUAAAGUAAUGCAUUACAUUACCAUUACUUCAUGAAUUUGGGCAUUAAAUUACCAUUACCAUUACUUGAUUUUCUUGAAGUAAUGCAUUACAUUACCAUUACAUGAGUAAAGUAAUGCAUUACCAUUACCAUUACUUUGUUUUAAAAAAGUAAAGCUAAUAAAGAGUUUUUGCAAAUGUUUCAAAUAUAAAACACUCUUUAACAUAUCUACAGGUUCAUGCUCAGUAUCAGGUUCAAAUUCAAUGACUAUACAAGAGUCAUUCUUUAUUUGUUCAAUAUAUAAUCAUCUUGUGGCAUUAUGAACAACAUAUUACAUAAGUAAAAUGAUAUUUAUAGACAUUUGGCAUGAUACAAUGUAGGAUACGAAAUAGAGACACAGAAAUACAUGCAUAACAAAAAACAAUUUAUGGAAUAAGGUUGCUGUUAUCAAAAGCUAAAUAGAUAUAUUUCCCCAGAUUACACAAAUCUUUAUAAUUUUGAACACUUAAUUGUAUUAAUUCAUAAACAGAUGGUUUUUUCAAGUUAUAUUUCUUUAGAUACUGUAUUUGAAUCGUAUUUCUUUCUACUGAGGACACUUUAAAAUAAAAGAUUGCUGUUGCACUUUAUGAUCAAAGUUUCAAAGGGUUCAUCUUUUAACUGCAUCCUGUUAGUUUGAAAAUCUUCCCAGCUAUACUAAAUAAAUGUUUUACAGAAGCAGUCGAAGCUUGGACUGAAAAGUACUGUUUGACGAUCUUUAUCUUAGGAUAUAUUAAGUGCAAUAAUAGAAAAAAUACAUGAAUCUUGCAUUUUCUA